GGUGUUUGAGCUGAGCCAGGUCCCAGAGUGUAGACAGUAACUGAUGCUGAGAGAGAGAGCAGCUAUAGAGUAGUGACAGAUAGAGAGAGAGGGAGAGAGAGGAGGGCUGGGCUCAUCAGUGCAGGGCUGACAGAGCAGUGGUUCUGCUGAUUGACUGUGGAGUGUCUCUCCUUUCAACUGCACACCUUCUACAUCACAAGGAAUACAGUGUGUCCACUUGAACAGCCUCAAACUUCAGCAGGCUGCUCUGAAUUCUGGAACUCGAAACAGGAAACUAGAAAAAUCCAGAAAAGAAAAAAAAAAGAAGAAGAAAUGAAUGUUUUGAAGAAUUGACGGAUUUCAGUAUCCUGCAAAAAAAAAAAAAAAAACUACCUAAAAAGUCAUCUAAAAAAAUAAGCAUUUAUUGGCUGUGGCUGAGAACAAGUUUGAGGACCACUUUCCAGAAACUCUCCUCUCAUCUGUCUCCUGUCUUCUAGAAAGGGAUAUAUUUUGGAGGCUGCCAUGGUAACGAGGAGCCAAACCCCACUGACCUAAUAAACAUCCAGGAUAUGUGUUGCCGUAUUAAGCAGAUUUUGGAUUCUUUCAUGGAUCAUAAACUAACAAGUAACAGACAGUAUUCUGAAGGUUCCAUGAUCUUCCCCGUUGUACCAUCUGCAGUGUUACUGUAGGCAGAGUCUAAAGUUUAUGCUGCGUUCCCCUGGCAUCUGAUCUGCCCUGUGUGCUGCAAUCGGGCUGGAUAUACACUCUGGAUAUCUUACUAUGUAAACAUGGCUUUCCUUGUAUGUGCUGUCCUGCUAUGUGGAUUGUUGGGUCAGGGUUUUGGAACUCGCUUCCGUCAAGAAGACUUUCCUCCUAGGAUAGUUGAACAUCCGUCAGAUGUAAUUGUUUCGAAAGGAGAGCCAACCACAUUAAAUUGUAAGGCUGAAGGCAGGCCGACCCCUACCAUUGAGUGGUACAAAGACUUGGAGAGAGUUGAAACAGACAAAGAUGACCCUCGCUCGCACCGAAUGCUGCUGCCCAGCGGAUCUCUAUUUUUUUUACGCAUUGUUCAUGGACGCAGGAGUAAGCCAGACGAAGGAAGCUAUGUGUGUGUUGCAAGGAAUUAUCUGGGCGAAGCAAUGAGUCGAAACGCAUCACUGGAAGUAGCAUUGCUUCGCGACGACUUCAGGCUUAACCCUACAGAUGUUGUUGUGGCAGCUGGUGAGCCUGCUAUAUUAGAGUGUCAGCCACCUAGAGGACAUCCGGAACCAACUAUCUACUGGAAAAAGGAUAAAGUUCGAAUAGAUGACAGGGAAGAAAGAAUUAGUAUUCGAGGUGGGAAGUUGAUGAUAUCAAACACAAGGAAAAGUGACGCAGGAAUGUAUACUUGCGUUGGCACAAAUAUGGUUGGAGAAAGAGACAGUGACCCCGCUGAGCUUACAGUAUUUGAACGACCCACAUUCCUCAGAAGACCAAUUAAUCAGGUUGUUUUAGAGGAAGAGGUUGUAGAAUUUCGAUGUCAAGUCCAGGGGGAUCCACAGCCAACUGUCCGGUGGAAAAAGGAUGAUGCUGAUAUACCCAGAGGAAGAUAUGACAUCAAGGAUGAUUACACCUUGCGAAUUAAGAAAGCUGUCAGUGCUGACGAAGGCACGUACUCGUGUAUUGCUGAAAAUCGCGUUGGCAAAGUAGAAUCUUCGGCCACUCUUACCGUGAGAGUUCGCCCUGUCGCACCUCCUCAAUUUGUCGUCCGUCCACGAGAUCAGAUUGUUGCCCAGGGCAGAACAGUAACUUUCCCAUGUGAAACUAAAGGAAACCCUCAACCUGCUGUAUUUUGGCAAAAGGAAGGAAGCCAGAAUCUACUUUUUCCAAAUCAGCCUUUGCAACCCAACAGCAGGUAUUCUGUAUCCCCUACUGGAGACUUAACCAUCACUAACAUUCAACGAUUAGAUGCAGGAUACUAUAUUUGCCAGGCGCUGACUGUUGCUGGAAGCAUCCUGGCAAAGGCCCAGCUGGAAGUUACUGAUGUGUUAACCGAUCGACCCCCACCUAUAAUUCUACAAGGUCCAUCAAAUCAGACCCUGGCAGUGGAUGGAACUGCACUGCUUAAAUGCAAAGCCACUGGAGAACCAAUGCCAGUCAUUAGCUGGUUAAAAGAAGGUUUUAAUUUUAUGGGGAGAGACACAAGAUUUUCCAUUCAAGAUCAAGGCACGCUACAAAUUAAAGGUCUAAAGCCUACAGAUUCUGGAACAUAUACUUGUGUGGCUACAAGUUCAAGUGGAGAGACAACAUGGAGUGCCCUUUUGGAAGUAACUGAGUCAGGGGGUGCAAGUGUCAGCAAGAACUAUGAUCUAAAUGACCUCCCAGGGUCUCCAUCCAAACCCCAGGUUACAGAUGUCAGUAAGAACAGUGUCACAUUGUCUUGGCAGCUUGGUUCACCGGGAAAGCUUCCUGUACAUUCAUAUAUCAUCGAGGCUUUCAGUCAGUCUGUUAGCAAUAGCUGGCAAACUGUGGCUAAUCAUGUGAAGACCACGCAGUAUGCUGUCAAAGGACUUCGACCAAACACCAUUUAUCUUUUUAUGGUGAGGGCUAUCAAUGGUGAAGGUUUAAGUGACCCAAGCUCCAUGUCGGAUCCAGUAAGAACACAAGAUAUAAGCCCACCUGUUCAAGGCAUAGAUCAUCGACAGGUUCAGAAAGAACUGGGAGAUGUUAUCGUCCGUUUGCAUAGUCCUGUUGUUCUAACUCCAACUACAAUUCAAGUUGCCUGGACGGUCGACCGUCAGUCCCAGUUCAUUCAGGGAUACAGAGUAAUGUACCGGCAAACUUCAGGUCUGCAGUCUCCAUCUGCAUGGCAGAACUUAGAGGUCAAGGUACCAGCUGAGCGCAACGCUGUGAUAACCAACCUGAAAAAAGGAAUUUCUUAUGAGAUUAAGGUUCGACCUUAUUUCAAUGAAUUUCAAGGGAUGGAUAGUGAAUCAAAAUCAGCACGAACAACAGAAGAAGCCCCAAGUGCUCCUCCGCAGUCUGUUACCGUUCUGACAGUAGGAAACAGCAAUAGCACCAGCAUUAGCGUCUCCUGGGACCCACCCCCUUCCGAUCACCAGAAUGGAAUUAUUCAGGACUAUAAGAUCUGGUGCCUUGGUAAUGAAACCAGGUUUCACAUCAACAAGACAGUAGAUUCCGCAAUUCGUUCAGUGGUGAUUGGAGGUCUGUAUCCUGGAAUUCAGUACCGGGUUGAAGUUGCUGCAAGCACCAGUGCCGGAAUUGGGGUAAAAAGUGAUCCACAGCAUAUAUUGAUCGGAAAUCGCAAUGAAGUUGUAAUUACUGAAAACAACAACAGCAUAACAGAACAAAUCACAGACGUCGUAAAGCAACCAGCCUUUAUAGCAGGGAUUGGAGGAGCCUGCUGGGUAAUCCUAAUGGGAUUUAGCAUUUGGCUUUAUUGGCGCAGAAAGAAGAGAAAGGGAUUGAGUAAUUAUGCUGUUCAGUCCUUCACCUUUACCCCAGCAGAUUCCCCAGAUACAACCAUGCACCACAAAGUUGCACUUGGCACAAAGAAGGGGAGCUGGCACAAAUCAGUCACAUUUCAAAGAGGAGAUGGUGGUCUAAUGAGCAACGGGAGUCGACCUGGACUUUUAAAUGCUAGUGACACCAGUUAUCCUUGGCUUGCUGAUUCUUGGCCAGCUUCCAGUAUGCCAGUAAAUAACAGCAACAAUGGGCCAAAUGAUCUUGUUAAUUUUGGCUGUGGAGAUGUGCUGGCAGCAGUUCCUGGUCAAGGAGAUAAAACAGCUACAAUGCUUUCUGAUGGGGCUAUUUACAGCAGUAUUGAUUUCACCACCAAAUCAAGCUACAACUGCCCAGGACAAAUUACACAAACAACACCAUACGCAACCACCCAGAUCCUCCAUUCCAACAGCAUUCAUGAACUCGCUGUUGACGUACCUGACCAACAGUGGAAACCUGUCCAGCAGAAAUCAGAUCUUACCGGAAUGGGGUAUUGCCUUACAGACCAAGGCAAAGGAAGCAAUGCCUUACUUUACAUUCCUGACUAUCGAAUGGCUGAGGGAUUAUCAAAUAGAAUUCCACACAACCAGUCACAGGAUUUCAGCACCACCAGCUCACACAACAGCUCAGAGAGAAGUGGCAGCCUCUCAGGUGGGAAAGGGGGGAAAAAGAAGAAAAAUAAAAACAACACAAAGGGCCAAAAAAACAAUGGAUCCAACUGGGCUAAUGUCCCAUUGCCACCACCACCCAUCCAGCCACUGCCAGGCACUGAAAUAGAGCAUUAUGGGUUAGACCAGCAAGAAGGAGGGUAUGACAGUGAUGGAUGGUGUCCACCCCUGCCUGUCCAGACCUACUUACACCAAGGCUCAGAUGAUGAGCUGGAAGAAGAUGAUGACAGAGUUCCAACACCACCUAUCCGUGGGGUGGCUUCAUCACCUGCAAUUUCAUUUGGACAACAGUCGACUGCAACAUUAACACCAUCACCAAGAGAAGAAAUGCAGCCCAUGCUUCAGGCACAUCUUGAUGAACUAACAAGGGCUUAUCAGUUCGACAUUGCAAAACAAUCUUGGCAUUUACAGAGCAAUAAGCAACCUCCGUUAGCCCCAGUUCCACCACUGGGAUACGUUUCUGGAGCAUUCGUUUCAGACUUAGAGAAAGACAGUCAUGAUAACGAUGAAGAUGAUAUUGAAGAAGAAUCUUUAGAAAUUUCAAGGCCCCUCCGAGGCUUAGAACACACUCCAGGUUCUAGUAUGGAUAAUCUGGACAGCUCAGUGACAGGUUCAAUGGUAAAUGGAUGGGGUUCUGCAUCUGAUGAGGAGCGUAACUUUUCUAGCCAUAGAUCUAGUAUAGGUAACUCAUCUGAUGAGUCCUUAUUUACAAAUGGCAACUUUGCACAAUCACUGGUUGCUGCCGCAGAUAAAGCUGGUUUUACGCUAAAUGGAACUAGCCUUUCAAGAGCAGGAAAACUGCAGUCAUUUUCUCAGAGACCCCGACCUGGUAGUCCAUUUUCUAAUGAAAGUAACGCAAGUUCAGCCAUGAAUCAGAGCCAAAGGCCACGACCCACCAAGAAACACAAAGGAGGUCGAAUUGACCAGACCUCUGCACUUCGUAAAGAAGGAAUUGUAGAUGAUCUUCCACCACCACCUGACCCUCCACCUUGUCAAAGCUUAAGACAGCAAAUGCCGCCUAAUCAACGAGGGGGUCCAACAGAAAGAAAAGGAAGUUCUCUUGAGAGGCAUACAUCAAAUAUGGAUGACUCAAAGACCUCUUUAGAGCGUCACACUAGAACAUCAUUAGAGAGAACACGGCAAACACAAGAAUGGCUUGGAUCCACAGAGCGACAAGGCAAGCAAGCAUUUGGAUCAGAAGAAAUAUUGAUGCCAUACAGUAAGCCAAGCUUCCCUUCUCCAGGUGGUCACAGUUCCUCAGGAACCACGUCUUCUAAAGAGUCAACUGGACCCAGGAAAGGAGAUUUGUUCAGAGGUCACCAGCGCAAUGCCAUUGAUUUUCUUGAUGUAGGAUAUUUGGGGCCAAACAGUCAAGGACAGUUUACAGGUGAAUUAUAGUACUGAAAGGAUACAUCACAAGCUGCUCUAGAGACCCCUGGUCUGGACUGAUGAAAGUAAAACAGUGCAAUGAACAUUUUUCGUUAUUUAUCUACAAUUGGAGAGACUGUAAAUGUGAUGUAAAGACACAAAAUCACACAUAUCCCACAAACAUUUUACCUUUUUUUCUUCUCUUAAACACACCAUCCACCUUAACUAUUUCUUGCCAGGAAUACACAAAAAGAAGAAAAAAAAACAAACAAAAAAAAACACAACAAAAAAUUCACGAUCGACGAUGAGGAGCAUUUUGCGAUGUAUAUAAUUUCUUUGGUUGCAUUGCUAUGCAAGCUUGCCCUCUUUUAUCUCUCUGUUCAUAUUACUGUCUGUUCUUAUUGUUCUCUUGUAUUAUACUGUAUGUGAUCUUAUAGGCUGUGGUGCCAUAUAAAAAGAAUUGUUUAACUGUGUAACAUUCAUGUUUAAAUUUUUGCACUGCGAUUUUUAUUUAACGAUAAGCACAAAUCCUUCUCCUUGUGACAUGAAGAAAAGACACUGAAUGUGAAGGGAGUUCCGUACUGUAAAGAGCCAUUGGAUAUUGCUAGCUGUGCAGGAUCUUACAAGAAGGACUUCCAAGUGAUGUAGGAAGAAGCUCAAACAAAAUGAUUCUGGCAAAUUGUUUUGAAUAACAAGGAUCUAUAAUAAGCAAUAUGUUUGUUUUUGCUUUUAACAUGGUGAAAAAUCAAUGUCAUUGUAAGUUAUAUGAGAGUAUGAAUACAUGUAUGCACAUGAGUGUGGUGUAUCAUAUAUGUGUGUAUAUAUAUAAAUGUAUAUAUACACUCACACAAAUGCACAUCCACAUGUACACACAUAUUAUAUAUAUGCACACAUUUACAUAUAGCCACAUCGUUGAUCCGUAUACAGUAUAUAACACCCAAACAAGGUUCCAAUUAAUUACCAUUUUUGUCUGAUCCCUUUGAAAAGAGAAAAUAAAUGUGAUUUGGCUAUAA